AUGUAUUUGAAGUUUUAUCUGGACGAAGAAGGCAAUCGAGUUUAUACUCUUAAAGGUAUAGAUCCACAAGGCCGACAAACGCAAAGUGCUCAUCCAGCUCGUUUUUCACCUGAAGAUAAGAAUUCGAAAUACAGAAUAAUUAUUAAAAAGCGUUUUAAUAUUUUGCCUACAAUGCAGCCAAAACCAGUUUAUUAA